AUAUAAACCCUAACCCAGCAGAGCUAAGAGUAGGAGUUUACUUGUACCAUUGAUUGAUAUAUACCCAUACAGAUUUCAAAGCCGAAUUCGUGUUGAGAAAAAUCUUACUUGAAAAAACAAUUACAGAAAAAAUUCUUACAACAUAAGACAGGAGAAGGAAGCGGUUGAAAAUGUCAAGACGGAAUUGGACAGACCCAGAAACUGUGCAACUAACGGAGUUAGUUUUCGAACAAAGGGAAUAUUUGAGGCCAAUUUUAAGGGGAAACAUGAUAAAUAGAAUUUGGGAAGGGAUUGAAGAACAACUCAAAGAAUUCGGAAAUGUACGGAGUGUUUCACAAUUGAAAACUAAGUGGGCCAGCAUAUGCAAUGCAUGUCGAAAUGAUGUAACAAGAUUAGAUGCAGCUAACCUUCCUCAAGAAGUAAAAAAUAAAAUGCGGUUGAUUCUGGAAGAAGAAGCCUCGCUGGGACAGAGUGUCGAUGAUAGUGAUCGUGCCGAUGAGAAUCAGUCAUCAUCUGACGAGAAUGGGGAUCCUCCAGCUCAAGACAAUACGCCAGCAUCACCAUCUAUAGCUGGAGGAAGCAACAGCUCAAAUCCCGAUGAGCAGAAUCAGACGGAAAGACAGCACAACUUAGAUUCAGAGGAGCAGAAUCAGGAUGGUAUUGAAAACCUGACUGGAAAAUUGGAGAAUUUAGAUUGCAAAUAAUGGGGAGAGAAUUAUUGAAGUCUUAAGUGUAGAAGAUUACUCAAUCUCUAAACUGAGAUAUACUAUAGCAAGCAGAUAUAUCACCCUGUAAUGUGAUUUGUAAUUUGAAAAAAAGAAAACCAAGUUAUCAGAACAUUUAAUUGUAAAUUUAAUUAAUGUAUAAUAUAACCAUUAAAAACACUUUUAUCAUAGCUCUGUGAUGGGAACUGUAUGAUCAACAUAAUUUUUAAACUAAUGUAUUAAGAACGCUUAUUAAAAAAAAAGACUUUACCUCUGAUUAGAAUUCAUCUUAUUGAUUUAAUAAAAGUUUUUCUCACUUUU